UAGAAAAAGAAAAGUUUCCCAUCGAAGAUCAGAAAUAUAUCCUUAAAACGCAGCAGACGGGAAGUAAAUUAUGACAGUUGGUGACCUCUGCUACUACCUGUUGUGACGCCCCGUGCUCGGUGGUGACGUCAGACAGGUCAAACCCACCAAGGCCCCUUCCUGUGGUUUUGAGAGAACCUGCUAUAUUUAGAGUUUUUAUGAAUGAACGGCGGACACAGUUUAAGCAAAGAUUCUCUUCGGUUCAAGGAUUUUUACGCCGGUGAAAAAACAAUGGCGUGAGUUUUACGUAAAUUGCGCCAAACGUCAUCACGUCUUGAGCGCUAUAUAAACUUGGCGACUCCACAGACACAGCAUCUCCGACUUCUGGUGAUCAAGCAGAAACAACUCAGAAACAGAACAACCCUUCUCAUUUUACCAGACCGUCUCCACUCUUCACGAAAGCAACUACAACAGCCCAAGAAGAAAGAAUUAUCUCUGAGCACAUUGUUCUCGUGUCUAGCUCCAAGUAAAUCUUCCCCACGAUGUCUUCCUUGAAACUGACAAGCGCCGUGUCGUCUGCAGUGCUGAUGCUACUCUCCACUCUUCUGUCGUCUGCAGCAGCCCAAGGGGUCGUCCUCCGUCCGGGAAGAUGUCCUGCUACGGGGACUCAGGCUGCUUUUGACCCCAGUCGGUACCUGGGUACGUGGUACGAGUACGAGCGCUUCGACAACUGGUUCGAGGCGGGCAUGGACUGUGUGAGAGCCGAGUACGGCCUGAACCCUGACCAGACCAUCAGUGUUCUCAACGCCGGCACCAGGACAUUUAAGCUAUUCGGACGUACUAUCUUCAGCCGGCCGGCCUCCAUCAACGGUGACGCUACCACACCGGACCCUGCUUCCCCCGCCGAGCUCAAAGUGUCCUUCUCACAAAUGUCAAUAGAUAUUUAUUACGAGGAAGCAAUUCAUGUAUACAAAAGUGGACAUAAAUCAGUUAGCAUCGUAAUGGACUUUGAAGUUGAUGACUUUGGUUCAAAUCUCUAG